AUGAAAAUAAAAGCUCUUUCACGGUCUGCUGCUUCGCAGCAGACUCCGGGAACGGGCACGACAAGACUUGCACGAAACCUCGAUCCCUCUCAGCAUCCCUUUGAAAGAGCACGAGAAUACACCAGGGCUUUGAAUGCCACCAAAUUGGAAAGGAUGUUUGCUGCGCCAUUUAUUGCGCAGCUUGGAAAUGGUCACGUUGACGGAGUAUAUUGUAUGGCAAAAGAUCCAAAUUCGCUUGAGCGUCUUGCGAGUGGAAGCGGUGAUGGUGUGGUUAAAGUCUGGGAUCUAGAGAAUCGCAAUGAAGUCUGGCAGGCUCAAGGGCAUGAAAAUGUUGUUAAGAGCGUUUGUUGGACUUCUGACAAGAAGCUGCUAUCAUGUGCCGCUGAUAAAACCGUCAAACUUUUUGACCCUUAUAAUACAGCAUCCGACACACCUCCUUUAGCAACAUACCUUGGCCAGGGAGCUUUUACCGGGUUGUCCCAGCAUGAGACACAUCCUUCUUUUGCUGCUUCGUCAUCGAUCAUUUCCAUUUAUGAUCUUUCUCGGCCGUCUUCUACGCCAUCCCAAACACUCCACUGGCCAACAAGCAUCGAUACGAUUACCUCACUGGCAUUUAAUCGCACAGAAACGUCAAUUUUAGCAUCUGCUGCAACGGAUCGAUCUCUUAUAAUGUAUGACCUACGCACAUCCUCGCCUCUUACAAAAGUGGUUCUUAAUCUUGCCUCAAAUGCAAUUGCCUGGAAUCCGAUGGAGGCAUUCAAUUUCGCUGUUGCUAAUGAAGAUCACAAUGUGUAUAUAUUUGACAUGCGAAAAAUGGAUCGUGCUCUGAAUAUUUUGAAGGAUCACGUUGCAGCUGUUAUGGAUGUCGAGUUUAGCCCAACCGGUGAAGAACUUGUCACGGCAUCAUAUGAUCGUACUGUUAGAUUAUGGAACCGUUCCAAUGGGCACUCUAGAGAUAUCUACCAUACGAAACGAAUGCAGAGGGUGUUCUCCGUGAAAUUUACACCAGAUAGCAAAUACGUGUUAUCCGGGUCGGAUGACGGCAAUAUUCGUCUCUGGCGUGCGGAAGCCUCCUCCAGAAGUGGAAUCAAAAGCGCACGUCAACGCCAGAAACUCCAAUAUGACGAAGCCCUUAAACAAAGAUAUGCCCACAUGCCGGAGAUCAGACGCAUUAAGCGCCAUAGACAUCUUCCCAAAGCUGUAAAGAAAGCCGGGGAGAUUAAAAAUGAGGAGCUCAAUGCUAUCAAGAGGAGGCAAGAGAAUAUACGGAAGAAUAGUAAAAAGGGGUCAUUGCCUGCACGACGAAGCGAACGAGAGAAGAUGGUGCUUGCGAAAGAAAAAUAA